GAGGGAGGGAGGGAGAGAGAGCGCGCUAGCGCGAGAGAGCGAGUGAGCAAGCGAGCAGAAAAGAGGUGGAGAGGGGGGGAAUAAGAAAGAGAGAGGAGGAAAGGAGAGAAGGCAGGAAGAAGGCAAGGGACGAUACAACCAUGCUGUGCUGUAUGAGAAGAACCAAACAGGUUGAAAAGAAUGAUGAGGACCAAAAGAUUGAACAAGAUGGCAUCAAACCCGAAGACAAAGCUCAUAAAGCCGCGACCAAAAUUCAGGCGAGCUUCCGUGGACACAUAACGAGGAAAAAGCUCAAAGGAGAGAAGAAGGGAGAGGCCCAGGCUGCCGAGGCUGAAGCGGCCGAGAAGAAGGAGGACGCCCCGGGCGCCGACGUGGCCAAGAAGGAGGGCGAGGGCGCCGCCGAGGCCGCCCCGGGCGCCGGGCCCAAGGCGGAGGAGCCGGGCCAGGCCGGGGCCGAGGAGAAGCCGGGCGAGGGCGCCCCCGACGCGGCCCCGGAGCAGGCGGCCGAGGAGAAGGCCGGCGCCGCCGAGACAGAAAGUGCCACGAAAGCUUCCACCGACAACUCGCCGUCCUCCAAGGCCGAAGACGGCCCCGCCAAGGAGGAGCCUAAACAAGCCGACGUGCCUGCUGCUGUCACUGCUGCUGCUGCCACCACCCCUGCUGCUGAGGACGCCGCCGCCAAGGCGACAGCCCAGCCUCCCACGGAGACUGCGGAGAGCAGCCGGGCCGAGGACAAGAUAGAAGCUGUAGAUGAAACCAAACCUAAGGAAAGUGCCCGGCAGGAUGAGGGUAAAGAAGAAGAUCGUGAGGCUGACCAAGAACAUGCCUGAACUUUAAGAAAUGGCUUUCCACGUCCCUCCCCUCCCCUCUCCUGAACCCUGUCUCUCCCACCCUCUCUCUGCUCCACUCUGAAGUUUCCCUUCCUGUCCUGCUCACAUCUGUGAGUCUGUCCUCUCCCGCCCACUGGCCCUCUUUCUCUCUGUGUGGCAAACAUUUAAAAAAAAAAAAGCAGGAAAGAUCCCAAGUCAAACAGUGUGGCUUAAACAUUUUCGUUUCUUGGUGUUGUUAUGGCGAGUUUUGGUAAUGAUGAUCCAAUCAUUUUGGGAAAUUCUUGCACUGUAUCCCAGUUUUUUGAUCUGGUGCGUGUGGCCCUGUGGGAAUCCACUUUCCUCUCUAUCUCUCUGUUCCAAGUGUGUGUGCAAUGUUCCGUUCAUCCGAGGAGUCCAAAAUAUCGAGUGAAUUCAAAACCAUUUUCGUUUUUCUUCUUUUCAAUGUGAUGGAAUGAACAAAAAGGAAAAAAAAAUCCAAAACCCAGUUUGUUUUAAAAAUAAAUAAAUAAAUAAGUAAAUAAAUAAUAAAGCGAAUGUGCCAAUUAGCGUAACUUGCGGCUCUACGGCUCCUUUUUCAAUCUGAAUAUUAAUAAAUCAUGAGAGUAAUCAGA